UCCAGCUCAGCAUACUUGGUGUGUCCCGGGGUGUGCGAGUCGCUUUCCUUUUAGACCAUCUCCUCCUAGUUCGCUCAUUAUACCUUUUACGUCGCCUCUCGUUAAAGUCAUUACUUCGCCCUUCCUCCUUUCGCCUAGGACCUGCUGUGCUCGCGACCCCUCCAUUCCGCAGUGUGGCGCCAGCAGCAUCAUCAUCAUCAUGGUAGACAGUAAGGUCCCUCAGCCGGGGCCGGCCAAAUUGAAGCGCAAUGCAGGCCCCGAUGAGUGGCUUGAAGCAGCAAAGGACUGCAAGUACCUGUCGGAGUCGCACAUGAAACAGCUUUGUGAGAUCGUCAAGGAGUUUAUGAUGGAAGAAUCGAACAUUCAGCCCGUCUCCACCCCCGUCACGAUCUGUGGAGACAUCCACGGUCAAUUCUACGAUCUGCUCGAGUUGUUUCGAGUUUCUGGCGGCAUGCCUAACGAGUCCGAAGUCGAGCCCCCCAAGACAUCUCCCUCCGUCAUCACCUCCGACGAUAUUGAGCCUCCAUCCACCAUCAGUGAUCCUAAACUACGCAAGAAGCUUCGUAACUCGGGAAGUGCGGAAGGCGAUGACACGGCCUCGGUAAGCAGUCAACGAGGCCGAUCAUCGAGUGCAGGAUCGAACGAUGUGACUCUGAACCGCAAUUUUGUUUUCCUCGGGGAUUACGUCGACCGCGGAUAUUUUUCCUUGGAGACUUUGACGCUCCUCCUCUGUCUCAAGGCUAAAUACCCUGAUAGAGUCACGUUGGUGCGUGGCAAUCAUGAAUCUCGCCAGAUCACCCAGGUUUACGGAUUUUACGAGGAAUGUUUUCAAAAGUAUGGCAACGCGUCUGUAUGGAAGGCCUGCUGCCAGGUAUUCGACUUCAUGACGCUAGGCGCGAUCAUCGACGGCCGGGUGCUGUGUGUCCACGGAGGACUGAGUCCGGAGAUCCGGACGCUUGAUCAAGUCCGUGUUGUCGCUCGAGCGCAGGAGAUUCCCCACGAGGGUGCCUUCUGUGACCUGGUCUGGUCAGACCCGGAUGACGUUGAAACUUGGGCUGUCAGUCCCCGAGGAGCCGGUUGGCUUUUCGGCGAUAAAGUCGCGGACGAAUUCUGCCACGUCAACGACCUGACCCUGAUUGCGCGAGCGCAUCAGUUGGUGAACGAGGGGUACAAGUACCAUUUCACCAACCAGAACGUGGUCACGGUAUGGAGCGCGCCCAACUACUGCUACCGAUGCGGUAACCUCGCCUCGGUGUGCGAGGUCAACGAUGACCUCAAGCCGACGUUCAAGCUCUUCAGCGCAGUGAGUGACGACCAACGACAUGUUCCGACAUCGCGGCCGGGCCGCAGCGAAUACUUUCUGUAAAUUAUCACAUUGCUAUUUGUUUUGUGGCCAUGAUCUCCGUGGACAUCUCAAGGCGUUUAACCGCACCGGCGCUGGCGUUGGGAGUGAAUACAACAGGAUGGUGCUCACGCUUCAGUUGGGUAUGAGCAAGUGAUACAUAACGACCGAGGCAUUAAUGAGAUUAUUAUCACUAUUAUCGAGUUUAAACUGCUAUGUUUCUAGGAUACAUUAGUUCACGGUGGGGAAAUAAAUCG